AUGGCUGCCGAAAAGAGUGCAGAUGCCUCUGGCACAGAAAGAGUUCGCUGGCAUGAUGAGGAACAAGGUCGCCAGCGGCCGCGGUCUCGCUCUCGCUCUCGCCCUCCUCGCCUAAGCCGCACCAAUUCCACUGAUUCCAUGGCGAUUCGCAGCAUUUCCCGAGCGCAGGUCGAUCCAGCCGUGACUCUCCCAAUUCAUUAUCGCACUGUUUCGUUUGGUAUUGAAGAGUCCAAAGGCAAAGAGCGUGCCGAAGCCAUCCGAGCCGCUGAUGCCACUGCCAAAGAUCUUGGUGACCUGGAAUGGCACAUUAUUGCCGCCCAAGAAGUCUCAUUGCGCCUCACAACCUCGCCCCAAGAUGGUCUAUCGGCUGAGCAAGUCGAGCGCCGCCAGCUUGAAUACGGUCGCAACGCUCCGUCCCCGCCCAAGACGAAUCGCACAAUGACAAUUUUCGGCUACUUCUUCAAGGGUUUCGGCGGUAUCCUGCUCGUCGGCAGCAUCCUCGUCUUUGUGUCCUGGAGGCCUCUCGGCGAGCCCAACCCGGCACUUGCCAACCUUGCCCUCGCUAUUGUUCUGCUGGCCGUCUUCUUUCUUCAAGCUAGCUUCAACAUGUUCCAAGACUGGUCCACGUCCCGUGUCAUGGCUUCAAUCAAGGACAUGCUACCGGAGCAGUCGCAGGUAAUGCGUGACGGGAAACUCGUGCACGUGCCUGCUGAGGAGCUUGUACCUGGCGAUGUUGUCCGCAUCAAGGCAGGUAACAAGCUCCCGGCCGACCUACGUCUUAUUCAAACCUCUUCCGAUGUCAAGUUUGAUCGCUCCGUCUUGACGGGCGAGUCUCGUCCUGUGCCGGGUACCGUCGACUCUACAGAUGAAAACUACCUGGAGACGCACAAUAUUGGUCUUCAGGGCACGCACUGCAUCAUUGGUACCAGUACGGGCAUCGUGGUCGCAACCGGCGACAAGACAGUCUUCGGCCGCAUCGCCAGCCUGACAAAUGAGCCCAAGACAAAAAUGACGACCCUGGAGAAAGAAGUCUUGUACUUUGUGCUCUUCAUUUGCGGCAUCAUGCUCACCAUGAUCACCGUUGUCCUGGUUCUUUGGGGUGCUUGGCUUCGCAAAGAUCACCCUGGCUUCAUCUCCGUCAGCGCCCUGAUUGUCAGCUGCGUCAGUGUCGCCGUUGCCUUUAUUCCCGAGGGUCUCCCCAUUGCCAUCACGGCCGGUCUCACCAUCACUGCCAAUCUGAUGAAGAAGAAUGAUGUUCUCUGCAAGUCGCUCAAGACUGUUGAGACGCUCGGCUCCGUGUCCGUCAUCUGCUCCGACAAGACAGGUACUCUGACGCAGGGUAAAAUGUCUCUCACUGACUGCGCCAUUGGCAGCCUCAACCUCAGCACCGAAGAACUUCAGCAACAGCUGGUCAAGGAUGAAAAAGGCGGUGAUUCUCCGCUGCGCUCUACCUUUGGCCAACUCGGAGCCCUCGCUGCUCUUUGCAACGCCGCGGAGCUUGAUGCAUCACAGGCAGAUAUCCCCUUGGCGCAGCGCAACAUCUUUGGUGACGCUACAGACACGGCUAUUCUGCGAUUUUCCGAGUCCAUCGCUGAUGGUAAUGUGGGCUACUUUAGGGGAUGCUGGCAAAAGGUGUUUGAUCUCGCUUUCAAUAGCAAGAACAAGUUCAUGAUUCGUACGUUUACCUGCAGCCGCAAGGAGGCUCUUCCAUAUACGAUGCACUCAUCUGCCGCUUCUCAAUUUGGCGACGACGAUAUUCUUCUCACCAUCAAGGGUGCGCCUGAUGUACUUAUUGGCCGCUGCUCCGAGUACCUCACACCGAGUGGCCAAGUGGCCUCCAUGGAUCAAAGAGCUCUUGCCACAUUUGAGCACCUUAAGCAGGUAUACUCAUCGCAGGGCAAGCGUUGUCUGCUCCUCGCCCGCAAGAUUGUUCGCGGCAGCUCCAUAAAGAAUGCUGUUCAGGACGGCGCUUAUGAGACGGAAAUGUCCGAAUUGGCCAAGUCUGGUCUUGCCCUCGUUGGCCUGGUUGCUAUUGUCGAUCCUCUCCGGCCCGAGAUCCGGGAUGUCGUGUCUACACUUCGCGGAGCCGGUAUAAGAAUUGCCAUGGUUACAGGUGACUUUAGUCUGACGGCGCUGGCCAUUGCUCGCGACGCCGGAAUCGUCACAUGCGUUCACGUCGACGGCGCCAGCCACCUGGAGCGCAACCCCGACCCUACCUCCGACUCAACGGAUACUGAAGAAAAGAGUAACGGUAGUGGCACGCGAGGUGCCCUCGUCAUCAGCGGCAGUGAGCUCACGCUGCUCAACGACUACCAGUGGAACACGCUCACCGAAUACGAGGAGAUUGUCUUUGCGCGCACCACGCCAGAGCAGAAGCUGCGUAUAGUGCGCGAAUUCCAAAAGGACAAUGUAGUGGCCAUGACGGGUGACGGCGUCAACGACGCGCCGUCGCUCAAGGCGGCCGAUGUGGGCAUUGCACUGGGCAGUGGCUCGGACAUUGCCAUGGAGGCAGCGGACAUGGUCCUGUUGGACUCGUUUUCGUCCAUUGUAAUUGCCGUGCAGUACGGCCGUGUCGUUUUUGACAAUUUGAAAAAGGUCAUUGCCUAUCUACUUCCUGCCGGCUCCUUCUCUGAGUUUUGGCCCGUCAUCACAAACGUCGCAUUUGGCCUACCUCAGAUUCUGUCUUCUUUCCUGAUGAUUAUCAUCUGCUGCUUCACUGAUUGCGUGGCUGCCACCAUUCUGUCCUACGAAAAGCCAGAGGCCGACGUGUUGCACCGCCGUCCCCGCAACGUAAAAAAGGACCGCCUGGUCAAUUGGCAGCUCAUAUUUCAAGCGUACGGCAUCAUUGGCAUGACAGAGACGCUAGCCUCGUUCGCCAUGUCCUACUGGUACCUAGAGCGGAACGGCAUCGCUUUCAAGGACCUGUGGUUUGCCUUUGGCAAGAUCCCGCCAUACGUGACCGAGGACUACUACAACGCCAGACUCACAGAGGCAUCCUCCAUUUACUUUGUCAAUCUGGUCGUGAUGCAGUGGUUCAACCUAAUGGCUGUGCGCUGCCGUCGGCUAAGCAUCUUUCAGCACCCGCCGGCGUUUAACAAGGCGACACAGAAUCUCUACCUAUUUCCCGCGAUCCUGUUUGCGCUGAGCAUGGUUUUCUUGUGGUGCUACCCACCAGCAAUCCAGCGCGUUAUCAUCACGGCGCCGGUGCCGGUGGAAUACUGGUUCCUACCAUUUGCGUUUGGCAUUUACAUCAUCUUUAUCGAUGAAGCGAGACGGUUUCUGGUACGCAAGCACCCAAACAGCAUCAUUGCCAAGGCUGCGUGGUAA